AUGGUUUGGGAGGGAGGAAUUGAGCCUAAUGGCACAGAGGGCAAGAACUUCUACAUCCCCAUGUCUAACAGGACUGGGGUUGUUAGAAGUCCUUUUGAAUACCCACAGUACUAUCUGGCAGAUCCUAUAAUGUUCAAGCUUCUAGCUUUCUACAUGUUCUUCUUGAUCUGCACUGGAACUCCAAUCAACGCUCUGACAUUGCUGGUCACAUUUCAGAACAAGAAGCUCCAGCAGCCUCUUAACUACAUCCUGGUCAACUUGGCUGUGGCUGGAUUGAUCAUGUGCGCCUUCGGAUUCACCAUCACCAUUACAUCUGCUGUUAAUGGCUACUUCAUUCUUGGUGCCACCGCCUGCGCUGUGGAGGGAUUCAUGGCCACACUUGGAGGUGAAGUUGCUCUCUGGUCUCUGGUGGUGCUGGCUAUUGAGAGAUACAUAGUUGUCUGCAAACCCAUGGGAAGCUUCAAGUUCAGUGGAACUCACGCAGGAGCUGGAGUUGCUUUCACCUGGGUCAUGGCUAUGGCUUGUGCUGCCCCUCCACUUGCUGGCUGGUCCAGGUACCUUCCUGAGGGCAUGCAGUGCUCAUGUGGACCUGACUACUACACUCUGGCCCCUGGCUUCAACAAUGAAUCAUACGUCAUGUACAUGUUUGUUGUCCACUUCUUCGUUCCUGUCUUCCUGAUCUUCUUCACUUAUGGCAGCCUUGUGCUGACAGUUAAAGCUGCAGCAGCCCAGCAGCAGGAGUCAGAAUCCACCCAGAAAGCAGAGAGGGAAGUGACACGUAUGUGCAUCUUGAUGGUCUUUGGCUUCCUGGUAGCAUGGGUACCCUAUGCAACUUUUGCUGGCUGGAUCUUCCUGAACAAGGGAGCUGCAUUCACUGCCCUGACAGCUGCUAUCCCUGCCUUCUUUGCAAAGAGCUCAGCUCUGUAUAAUCCAGUCAUCUAUGUGCUGUUUAACAAACAGUUCCGUAACUGCAUGCUGAGCACUAUUGGAAUGGGUGGCAUGGUGGAGGAUGAGACCUCAGUUUCUACCAGCAAGACAGAGGUGUCCACUGCUUCUUAA